AUGACGGAUUCCACCCCUGUGCAGGAGGCUGAGGCCUCCAUGGCCAAGCUUCUGCUCGACGAGGUCACCGGCGAGAAGGUCUCCAAGACCGAAUUGAAGAGGCGCCAGAAGUUGCGCGAGAAGGAAGCCAAGAAGAAGGAAAAGGAAGCUGCUGCUCCUCCCAAGCCCCAGGCUGCCAAGAAGUCCUCCGCUGAGGAGGAGGAGGCCAACCUGACCCCCAACCAAUACUUCGAGAUCCGCAGCAAGAGAAUCGAUAAGCUCCGCCAGACUCAGAGCCCCAACCCAUACCCCCACAAGUUCCAGGUCAACACCGAUCUGCGCGAAUUCCUCAAGGACUACCAGGGUCUUGCCAAGGGCGAGCAGAAGCCUGAUGUCGCCAUUCAGCUUGCCGGCCGUAUCUAUACCAAGCGUUCGUCCGGUACCAAGCUUAUCUUCUAUGAUCUCCGCGCCGAGGGCGUCAAGGUCCAGAUCAUGUGCCAGGCCCAGAACGCCACUGGCAGCGUGCCUUUCGAGGACCAGCACGAGCACAUUCGCCGUGGUGAUAUCGUCGGUAUUGUCGGUUUCCCCGGUCGUACCUCGCCCAAGAACCGCGACGAUGGUGAGCUGUCCAUCUUCGCCAAGGAGGUUAUUCUGCUUUCCCCUUGCCUGCACGCCAUUCCUUCCGAACACUACGGUUUCCAGGACAAGGAGCAGCGCUUCCGCCAGCGUUAUCUCGAUCUGAUCAUGAACGACCGUUCCCGCGACAUCUUCCGCACCCGUGCCAAGAUCGUCAGUUAUAUCCGUAACUUCCUUGAUUCCCGCGACUUUAUCGAGACCGAGACUCCUCAACUUAACCAGAUUGCCGGGGGUGCCACCGCUAAGCCUUUCAUCACCUACCACAACGAUCUUCAGGAGGAACAGUACCUCCGUAUCGCCCCUGAGCUUUACCUGAAGAUGCUUAUUGUUGGUGGUCUUGAGCGUGUGUAUGAGCUUGGCCGUCAAUUCCGUAACGAGGGUAUUGAUCUUACUCACAACCCUGAAUUCACCACUUGCGAGUUCUACUGGGCCUACGCCGAUAUGUUCGACGUCAUGAACCUGACCGAGGAGCUUGUCUCCGGCCUCGUUAAGCACAUCACCGGUGGAUAUGAGACCACCUUCCACACUCAAACCGGAGAGACCUACAAUGUGAACUGGAAGGCACCAUGGCGCCGGGUGGAAAUGAUCCCCGCUCUGGAAGAGGCUACGGGCGAGAAGUUCCCCUCGGGUGACCAACUCCACACCAAGGAGACCAACGAGUUCCUCCAGAGGGUCUGCAAGAAGAUGAACGUGGAGUGCACGCCCCCUCUCACCAACGCCCGUUUGCUCGACACUCUGGUUGGUGAGUUCAUUGAGGAGACCUGCAUCAACCCAACCUUCAUCACCGGCCACCCCGAGAUGAUGUCGCCGCUUGCCAAGUACUCCCGUGAUAAGCCCGGUCUCUGCGAGCGUUUCGAGGCCUUCGUCUGCAAGAAAGAGAUUUGCAAUGCCUACACCGAGUUGAACGACCCCUUCACCCAAAGAGAGCGCUUCGAGGAGCAGGCCCGCCAGAAGGACCAGGGUGACGAUGAGGCCCAACUUAUCGACGAGAACUUCUGUACCUCUUUGGAAUACGGUCUGCCCCCAACUGGUGGCUGGGGUAUGGGUAUUGACCGUCUGGUCAUGUUCCUUACCGAUAACUACAGCAUCAAGGAGGUGCUCACAUUCCCCAUGAUGAAGAAUGACAAGACUGCUGCCACCGGCAAGUCUGUCCUUGAAGCCGCCGGCACCCAGCCCCAGCCUGAGGAUGGCAACCCCCAAUAA